AUGGUGACAAUGGAGUUCUCGGGUGCGUACAAGAAGGCGACAGCGGCGCUGGACGAGGCGGCGAGGGCGCGGCUACGGGGCCCGUUCAUCGGCGACAUCGCGCCCUCGUCCGGCCGUGCGGAUGCCGACGACGAUCUGAUGGAUUUGGUCGACGAGUUCUACAACGGAUACGGCGAGCACGGCACGGACGGCGGCGUCACCAAGGAUGCUGUGGCGUCCCGGACCACGGAGGGGAAGGAAACGGUGCGCUUGACGCUGGCGGAAACGGCCGCCGACGUGGCGGCCGUACGAAUCCGCGCCGAGGCGGAGCGCAUUGUCCGAGGCGCUGGGCCAGCCGUCGCUGGCGGCGGCGGGAUCAGGAAGCACCUUGUGGAGCGGCUCCUUGCAAGGGGUUACGACGCCGGUCUCUGCAAAUCGUCGUGGGAAAGAACCAGCAGCAUCCCCGCGCCUGGCACGUACGAGUACGUGGACGUGACGCUAGGUUCGCCACCGCCUUCAUCUCGCUACAUCGUGGAGGUCAACGUUGCAGCCGAAUUCGAGAUCGCGAGGCCGAGCACGGAGUACCAGGACCUCCUCUCCUCCCUGCCGCCGGUGCUCGUGGCGAGGCCAGGAGCUCUGAAGGAACUCGCCGCGGCAAUGUGCGCCGCAGCGGCGGAGUCUAUCCGCGGCGCGGGCAUGCACGUCCCGCCGUGGAGGCGCGCGCCGUACGUGCAGGCCAAGUGGUCGGCGCAGUUCGAGAGAAUGGAAGCCGCGGCGCCGGUGGCGGCGACGGGGCCACGACCUGAAGGAGGACCGAGGGCGGCAGUGCAUGCCCGGCGUCCCGGCGUGGGGAAGAAUUGCGGAAUGGAGAUGGGACGCCGGCAGGGGGGCAUGGGACGGGAGGCACUGGUGAGUGUCACGCCCUUGUUCAGAGGAUUGUGA